AUGAACGGAAUAGUACAACAAAAAAUAUUUGUUUCAAGAUAUUUAUUCAAAAAUGUAAACCAUUUUAUGAAAAGAAUGUCUUCACAUUUUACAUUUUUCCCAGAUGAACACAGGCCCAUAGAGGGUGAUACAACAAAAAUGAAUAUGAUGCAGGCAAUCAAUAAUGCCAUGGAUAUUACUUUAAAGACAGAUUCAAGUGCAGUUUUGUUUGGUGAGGAUGUAGCCUUUGGAGGAGUCUUCAGAUGUGCCCUUGGCCUUCAGGAAAAAUAUGGCAAUGAUCGAGUAUUCAACACACCUUUAUGUGAGCAAGGUAUAGCUGGCUUUGGUAUUGGAUUGGCCACAGCAGGUGCCACAGCAAUUGCUGAAAUACAAUUUGCUGAUUACAUUUUCCCAGCUUUCGAUCAGCUUGUAAAUGAAGCGGCGAAGUGUAGGUACCGCUCUGGAGGCCAGUUUGACUGUGGGGGCCUAACAGUCCGAGCUCCCUGUGGAGCAGUGGGGCACGGGGGUUUGUACCACUCACAGAGCCCUGAGGCCUUCUUUUCUCAUGCACCAGGUCUAAAGGUGGUAGUCCCCAGAGGCCCAAUUUCAGCAAAAGGUCUCCUCUUAUCCUGCCUCAAGGAGAGAGAUCCUUGUGUGUUUCUCGAACCGAAGAUCUUGUACCGAGCAGCCGCCGAAGAAGUGCCCACGGACAGCUACGAAAUACCUCUGGGAAAAGCACAAGUUUUAAGAGAAGGUGAUGCAGCAACCCUAAUAGGCUGGGGCACCCAAGUGCACGUACUUCUAGAAGUGGCCCAAAAAGCACAAGAGACGUUAGGAAUCAGCUGCGAGGUCAUCGACCUCAUGUCUAUACUACCUUGGGAUGAAGAAACCGUUUGUAAUUCCGUGAAGAAAACGGGCAGAUGUCUGGUGGCUCACGAAGCGCCCUUGACAAGUGGAUUUGGCGCCGAAUUAGCUGCUACUGUACAGUCGGAAUGUUUCCUGCACCUGGAAGCCCCAGUGGCUCGAGUGACAGGAUGGGACGCGCCCUUCCCUCACGUUUUCGAGCCUUUCUAUCUUCCCGACAAGAUGCGCUGUCUCAGCGCACUGGAGAAGCUGCUUAAUUAUUAG